CAGAAGAUAAUCUCUAUCCUCCAGGAAUUUACUUUCUAAUGGGGGAGCCCAAAUAACCAUAUAUAGGCAAGAUAUAUACAGGAUAUACUGGAAAUGGUUAGCAAAGGGAAAGCACUAGAAUUAAGAAAGAUUAGGAAAGGCUGCCUAUAGAAGCUGAGACUUCAUCUUUCUGUAGUUCUAAAGGGAAAGAAUUCAAUCUGUCAAAAACCAUAUGAAAAAAUUCUGCAAAUAACUAAAAGCAAGAGAAAUACAAAUUAAAAUAACUUUGAGUUUCCAUCUCAUACCCACUAGAUUGGCAACAGUGACCAAAAAAAGAGUAAUUGUUGGAAGGACUAAGAAAUGAUAGCCACAAUAAUAUACUAGUGGUAGAAUUACAAAUUUUCCUAGUCUUUCUGGCAAACAAUUAAGAAUUAUUCCCCAAAUUAAACUAGACUGUAACAUUGAUCUAGAAGUACUACUAUUAAACAUAUACCUUAAAGAAAUUUUUGAAAAGAGGGAAAAAUCUAUUUAUCCCAAAAUAUUCAUAACAGCUUUUUUUGUAGUAGUCAAAAAAAUUCCCUCAAAACUAAAUCUCUAAAAGCUGUAGAGAUACCCAUUAAUUGGUGAAUGGCCGAACAGAUUAUGGUAGAUUAAUAUUAUUGUCUUGUAAGAAAUAAUGAAAGUGACAUAUUUAGAGAAACUUGGGAAAACUUAUAUGAAUUAAAGCUGAGUGAAGUAAAUGAGAUAGGAGAACAAUUUAUACAAUUACUAUACAUUGUUAAAAAAAAAAAAAAGCUUUGAAAGAUUUAAGAACACAAUGAUCAGUGAGGAUUCUAAAGGACUGGUAAUGAAGAAUGUUACCAAGCUCCAAAGGUGAUGGACUAGUGGGGCAGAAUGAGGCAUUCAUUUCCAAAUAUGGUGAAUAUGUGGAUUUGGAUUGGUUUGUUUUUUGGUUUGGCUUUUGAUUUUUUUUGAUUAUGAAUAUUUGUGUUUGUUAAGUUCAGAAUAAUUAAUUUUAAAAAUAAGUCAAAAUUUUUCUAACUUAAGGAUGCUAUUUAUAUGAUCUGUCAACUCCCAAGGUCUUGUGUGCUUCCAACACAGAUAGCCAAGAUGUAUAUAUAUUUUCCCCCCUUAAUCUUAUUUCUCUUUCCUUUUCCUCUUACAGUGCUGCUCUUGAGAUGGAGUUACUGUCCUUUUGGUUCUCCCUGAGUUUCAUUGUGUUGGUUGUAGAGUUGCAGAACGGAACUAGAAUGGCAGCAGCAGAAUACCAAGGGGUUUGCAAGAUGGUGGGUCGAAUUGCUUAUUGCCAAAGAAGACACCUAGUUUCCGUGCCCAGUGAUCUCCCAUCGCACUCAGUGGAGCUUGUGCUGGAUGCUAACUCCAUCAAGACCUUGGGGUAUCAUUCCCUCCAUCAGUAUUCCCACUUGAAGAAGCUGAGUCUAGUUAAUUGUAAGCUGGAAUGCAUUGACCGAAACACUUUCCAGGGGAGCAGCUACAUCCACUCUUUGGCCCUGAGUAACAAUUUUCUCUCAGUAAACUACACAGAAUCUGGAGCGGCUCUGCGAUCUCUCCUGGGCCUGAGGGAGCUCGACCUGUCUGGAAACUCCCUGACCGAGGACAUGGUCGCUGAGAUGCUCCUCAACCUCUCCUCCCUGGAGUCCCUGUCUCUAGCGAGGAAUGUCAUCAUGAGGCUUGACGAUGCUAUCUUCCAGAGCCUGGGGAGACUGCAGGAGCUGGAUUUGCAAAGGAACUACAUCUUUGAGAUCGAAAGUGGCGCCUUUGACGGCCUGAAGUGGCUGAGGAGGCUCAAUCUGGCUUUUAACCACCUUCCCUGCAUUGUGAACUUCGGUCUUACCCAGCUUCAGGUGCUGAACAUCAGCUACAACAGCCUUGAAUGGUUCAUAGCAGACAGUGGAGACGCUGCCUUUGCGCUGGAGACGCUGGACCUCUCCCACAAUCGGCUGCUCUUUUUUCCCUUUCUCCCUCAACAGAACAGGCUUCACACCCUGUUGCUAAUGGACAAUGAGAUGGGCUUUUAUAAGGACCUCUACAAUGUCUCAUCCCCCAAAGACACUGUGGUCCAGUUCCUCCUCGUCAGCGGCAAUGUGACCAACGUGACCACCGUCAACCUCUGGGAGGAGUUUGCCCUGAGUGAUCUCUCUGCCCUUCACUUCCUGGACCUUAGCCAGAACCAGCUCCGGUACCUACCCGAUGGAUUCCUAAGGAACAUGACUUCCCUUUCCCACCUUAACCUUAAUCAGAACUGCCUGCAGACGUUCCACAUCCAAGAGGAUGACCCCCCGCCCUCCCUCUCUGACCUUAACCUCAGCCAGAACCGGCUCUCAGAGCUGCGCUUGGCUCCGAGGCUCCCUGGCUCCCUGAGCAGUCUCAGACACUUCAACCUUAGCUACAAUCAGCUUCAGGGGCUCCCCCCGGGCCUCUUCUCCAGCACCAGUAACAUCACUACAAUUGAUUUGAGUCACAAUCAAAUCACCUUUUGCUCCCCUUCGGAAAAGAUUGGCCAACCCGCCUGCGUCGACUUCCGAAAUAUUACCUCCCUGAGGAGCCUCUUUCUCGAGAACUGUGGACUGCCAAGCCUGGAAGGGCGCGCUUUCCGAGGGACGCCCCUCACUCACCUGGACCUGUCCGGUAACCGCGGCGUUUUGCGGAAGGGCAUCACUCCUCUCCGAGAUGUUGCCCCCACGUUGCAGGUCCUGUCUCUCAGAGAUAUCCGCCUCCAUCCCAACGGCACGGAGCUGGACUUCUCUGGGUUCGGGAGUCUGAGAUACUUAGAUAUGUCCAGCAAUUCCUUGACCAGCUUUCCCCGCUUCUGGGAAGGCCUAGAACUCCACACCCUGGAUCUUCGGAGGAACCGGCUCACCGCCCUUCCUCAAUGGGCCGGCUCUGGCCAACUCAAAAAGAGCCUUCGCGUUCUCUACCUCAGUCAGAAUCCGUACGAUUGCUGCUGGCUGGAGGGCUGGGGUCCCCUCCACAGCCUGAAGAGCCUGUACAUUGUAGACUGGGGAGCUGUCACCUGUAACUUCUCCUCCAAUAUAGUCCGUGUGGUAGAGCUGUCUGAGGAUAUAGCCCAGGAUUGCAAGUGGGGAAGGGUGAAUCUUAGUCUGCUUUACUUGGUACUCAUCCUCCCGACCUGUCUCACCCUUCUGGUAGCCUGUGUGGUGAUCUUCCUGGCCUUUAAGAAGCCCCUGCUGCAGGUGGUAAAGAGCCGUUGCCAAUGGUCCUCCAUUUAUUGAUCCUGAGGAGAAUGUAACCUAUUCAUUAUUAUGGGAGCAAACCCUUUCUAAGUUUAAAAAAAAAAAAAAAAGUGAGUCAGAUGAGUGGGUUGGACUAGGUGACCUUUUAUUUCAUUCCAUUCCAGCCCCAAAUUUAUUAACCAUGUGAUCCUGGCCAAGUUUUGUUACCUUGCUUGUCUCAGUUUCUUCAUCUGCAAAAUGAGCUGGAAAAGGGAAUGACAAGCCAGUCUGAUACCUACUUUUAUCUAAAAAAACCUCCAAUGAAGUCCAGAAGGAUGAAAAAUUACUGAGCAAUAAUAAAAACAGCAAAAAAACCUAACAACAAAUGAGGAGUCAGAUAAUAUGUGCUGAAUUAGGGAAUGGAUUUAGAGGAAAAUGGCUUUCAUUCCUUUAUCCCUCCAAACAGCAUGUUUUAGUGAAUAAGGCACUGGGCUUGGAUUAAGGAAGAUCUCGCCCAACUUUAGCACCCUGAACUGAGCCACAGUUUUCUGAAAAAUGAAAAAUGAAAAAUGAAUCAUACCAAUUGUACCUACCUCACAGGGUGAUUGUGGGGAUGAAACAAAAUAAUGUUUGUGAAAUGCUUUGUAAACCCUAGAGACCUUUAUAAAUCUCAAAUACUAUCUUUAUUUUUUAUUAUUAUGGAUAAACAGCCACAUAAAGAAUUUUUAUAAAAUGUGACUAAAAGAAA